AAUGACUUUAGGCAAAACGGUGUAGGACCUACAAGGCAUCAUAAAGGCACUCCACUAUGGUGCUCCAAAAAUAGUUUAAAAAACGAAACUGUAGAGUCAAACAUUACCUAAUUUUAAAUUACAAAUUUAACAAAAUAAACUAAAAUUCAGAAAAUGAAAAUUUUAAAAAUUCAAUUAAAAAUUCUUCUCAAUAUAUUAAGUGAUUUUUAGAGUUUUUUUUUGUAAUUUUUGCAUUAUUUGUAACCCCGUUCAAUUUUGGCAACAGGCUCACUAGGUCAUCGGCCCCCGGAUCGGAAGGAAUAUUGCAACCGGACCGAUAACUGUCAAACCAUUAGUUGUCAGUUUGAAUCUAUCCGGUUUCCCUUCGAAAUCUGUUGGAUUUCCUGACAAUUUCUCCGCUGCCAUACAAUGACAGAUAUCGAAAUCGAUCAGUUUAGUUUCGAUUCGAAUUCUGUCAGCUUUUCUUGCGACGGGCCAUCAUUUGAAAACGAUCGGUUAUUUUUCGUGUUUGUCGCACGCCGCGUUUUCGUUGCCGGUCAAAAUUUCACGCCUGCUUCAUGCCUAGCGCAUUCAAUUUGCUGAAACAAGGUGGUGGAGAAAAAGCUGGGGGAGCUUCGGCCAUAAUUUCAUGGGACCAUUUCAUCAAUUCACUGUUCCGCUACUAUCAGAAUAUGAGACAGGAGCAAAACCCCGGCAGUGAAACAGUUUACCGCUACAGAGAGCCCUCAGCAGAAACAUCAACCCUCAGGAAAUGGCCAUCAUCGACGCAGCUUACUCCCUUUUCGACACCUUCACACCAUUCCCCGGACGUUAGAGAUGAAUCAUCCAACAGGAUGAAAAUCCAGAAAAAAACUCCCCGGACGCAAAAAUCUCGAGAAGGCAUGAAGACCAAAGUGGACCACAUGCUCAACGCCAUCCGCUACGUUACCUACAAUUGUUCCUUCCGGAGAACGCUCUAGUUUCCAUGAAAAUUCUCGCUUCCGAAAUGCGUCAACCGAACGUAAAUCCUAGGGCUGCUGACCCAAAAUGAGCGCACCAAAAUUGAAAUCCGUCAGGGUUUGUGUUUGGAAAGCGAAGCAUCAGUAACAUUCUCGGAGGAUGACGUUGAAUGUGGUCAGGAACUACAGGAGCAGCAGCACGAAACAGGCUCCGUUUGUUUGGAGCUGCAGUACAAGAAAGCUAUCGUCGACCGGCUGCGGGGUGUUUGCGGCAGCAGAGCACCCCCCAAUCUGGCACACCAUCUGCUUGGCUUUGACCUGAGCAAAGAACUGCUACUCACCAAUUUGCAGCAACCGGGGGUGCUUCCCGACCAACUGCAGCUUAUUUUGCCGCUGGAGGAAGGUAGGUAUUUAUAAUUUGUUUUUGUGAUUUGUUGUUUUUUUAGCAUUUUUUUUUGCAGGCCAACUCAAUUCCCCAGCCCAAGAGCUAGUGAUCGAGCACGGCUGACCCAAAAUGAGCGCACCAAAAAUUAAAUCCGAAAGGGUUUUAUCGAGUUUUUGGAAAGCGAAGCAGAACCAUUCUCGGAGGAACUACAGAAGCAGCACCACAAAACAGGCUCAGUUUGUUCGGAGCUGCAGUGCAAGAAAGCCAUCAUCGACCGGCUGCAGGAGUGUUUGCCGCAAAGCACCCCCAAUUUGGCACACCAUCUGUUUGGGUUUGACCUGAGCAAAGAACUUUGACUGCUUAUUUUGCUGCUGGAUCAAACCUUGGAGGAAGGCCAACUCAAUUCCCCAGCCUAAGCGCUACUAAUAGAGCACAGCUGACCCAAAAUGAGCGCACCAAAAAUGAAAUCCGAAAGAGUUUGGUCGAGUGUUUUAAAAGCGAAGCAGUAACCUCGAAGUCAAUGUGGUCAGGAACUACAGAAGCAGCAGCGCGAAACAGGCUCCGUUUGUUUGGAGCUGCAGUACAAGAAAGCUAUCGUCGACCGGCUGCAGGAGUGUUUGCCGAAGCAGAGCACCCCUUAAUCUGGCACAAAAUCUGCUUGGCUUUGACCUGAGCAAAGAACUGCGACUCAACAAUUUGCAGCGGGGUGCUUCCUGAGCAACUGUAGCUUAUUUUGCUGCUAGAUCAAACCUUGGAGGAAGGUAGGUAUUUAUGAUUUAUUUUUGUGAUUUGUUGAUUUUUAGCAUUUUUUUUUUGUAGGCCAACUCAAUUCCCCAGCACCAAAAAUGAAAUCCUAAAGGGUUUUGUCGAGUUUUAUGUGAUCCGCGUGGAUACCGGCGAAUGGAGCGAAAAAUUCUCCUUGGACGUGGCCGGCUCGAGUGGAGUCAUCGCGUGCCAAGCAAACAACAUGGCCUAUCAGAUUGGAGUUAACAAUACCCUCACGCAUAACUCUCUCACGAAGCAGAUUGUGUUUAUGCCAUACUUCGUGCUCAUAAACCGAGCAGAGUUUGAUGUUGAAGUACAGGAACAUCUGCGGACAGCGGACAGCGGACAGCUGAACCAAAGUGAAAGUUAACGAUUGUGUUCCGCUGCGGCCUAAAACCGAAGAUAAUCGAAUGCUGCGAGUUAAAGCUUCUGGGCGUCCGGAAAUUACUGCCUCCUUCAAGUACACCGAAGUUCAAUGUACGCUUCUACAGCUCAAAAAUCGCUACGGUGGCAUUAAUGUUGAUGUCCACGUAACGGAGGGCGCCAUCUACAUCACGAUUUCUGGUUAUCAUGUUGGGGAUGCUCCAGCUCUGCUGAUGAACCACACCUGUGAGCCGUUUGCAUUCAAGGAAAAGGGUGAUGUUAAUGGUAAAAUUCGAUGCCUUAUCAGAUGGUUCUGCACACCUGGGUCAAUCCAGUUGGUGAGCGAUAGUUUUUGAUAGCGGAUCGAAACUGGCCCCAGUGGAAAAUGACCUACGCAAGGACGACAUCAGUGAGUUCGCAUCGCCAAGUGAUAAAGCCGUCUGUUGGGUAUCUUUCCUCAACGGAACUCAACGAAUUUCGCUCAUAACCGAUAACGCUAACAUUGCUUACGAGCUGCAUUCUGCAAGUCGUCUAGACCAAGUAACACAGGAAAUGAAACUAGAAAUCCAUGGCGUUGGCCUGUCGCUUGUCAACAAUGCCAAAAAGACUGACCUUAUGUACAUCGGAAUUGCCAGCUCCGGGGUUAUCUGGGAAGAAUGCAAACGUUCGGGUCGCUUCAAACAGAUGAAAAUACAGGAAACAAUUUACGUUGAAAAUGCCUAGCAAAACUACCUCCGUGAUGUCGAAAUUGGCGCUUCUUCCAACAGAAAAUACUUCCUCGAGGGAGAGAAACGUCUGGAGGUAAACUUCCAAAACAACAUCAUCAAGAAAUCCACCGAUCGAGCCAUCAAGCGCAUAUUUUACCCCGGCAUAUGGCUAGAGAUGAAAUCCUCCUCCCACCAGUUGCAGUUCCACGCCAAAAUCAAUCGAAUACAAAUCGACAACCAGUUGAGCGACUGUAUCUUCCCGGUCGUUUUGGCACCGAUUCUUCCGCCCAAAAGCGUUGCUGCAACAACCGAGUUUAAGCCUUUUGUCGAGAUGAGUAUGGUUCAACGAAUAAUUCCACAUUCUAAUGUAAAGCAAUUCAAAUACUUACGGGUACUAAUGCAAGAGUUCCACGUCAAGGUAGAUCUGAUCUUCAUCAAUGAAAUAUUCGAGAUGAUCAGCUCAGAAAUAACGGAAACUGAAGCGAAAAAACUGUUCGCUGAGGAUCUCAAGGUGCAACCGCAGCCGCUCAAUGCGCACGUGGCCAUGCAGUCGCAGGUAGAGGUGAAAAAUUUCUACGACAAUCUUCACCUGGGACCGUUGAAAAUUCACGUCAGCUUUUCAAUGGCCGGUUCCGAAUCGAAAGCUCUCCCGGGAAUAUUGUCCACUAUUUUGCAAGGUGUUGGCGUUACGCUCACCGAUAUUAAUGAUGUCGUUUUUCGAUUGGCGUUCUUCGAACGGGAGUUGCUGUUCUUAACGCAGCGCCAGCUGGUUUCGGAAUGCGUCACUCACUACAGUGGCCAAGCCGUAAAGCAACUGUACGUUCUGGUACUUGGUUUGGACGUUAUUGGCAAUCCGUACGGAUUAGUCGUUGGUUUUACCAAGGGUGUGGAGGAUCUCUUCUAUGAACCGUUCCAGGGGGCGAUUCAGGGACCUAGCGAGUUUGCCGAAGGUCUUGUGCUGGGAGUGAAGUCAUUGUUUGGACACACGGUUGGAGGAGCAGCUGACGCUGUUUCGAAAAUAACGGGUGCCAUGGGUAAGAGACUGGCAGCGCUCACGUUCGACGAUGACUAUCAGAAAAAGCGCCGUGAUGCCUUGAACAAAAAACCUUCAACCCUGCAGGAAGGAAUUGCUCGCAGUGGCAAGGGUCUGGUCAUGGGAGUGUUUGACGGUGUCACGGGGGUGUUCACCAAACCGAUAAGUGGAGCCAAAGAGGAAGGUGUUGAAGAUUUCUUCAAAGGUUUGGGCAAAAAAGGAGUUGGGCUGGUGGCACGUCCUAUUGCUGGUGUAACGGACUUUGCCAGUGGAAGCUUCGAUGCGGUCAAACGUGCAACAGAACUGUCGGAUGAAGCCAUGCGACUGCGACCGCCACGCUUUCUCCACACCGACGGUAUAGUGAGGCCUUUCAAUAAGAAGCCGAGGGCAACAAGUUGCUUAAGAAUGUUGAUAAAGGAAAAUUUGCUGCUACUGACGUGUUUGCAUAUUACGAAUCUAUCCUAGACAAUAAGGAUGUGGUGUGUUAACCGACUCUAGGAUCAUUUAUGCAACGAGGAACGAUCUUUUCGGUGGAUGGCAGUGCGAAUGGUCACAUCGCUGGUCUGAAAUUUUGAGCGUCUCGACCGUUAACGAUGGUGUGGAAUUGGUGCUCAAAACCCGCGGUGGAAAGUCAGCACUGAAGAAAAUGUUCAGCUCUUCUAGCAGCCAGAAGAAAAUUUUGUUGCUACCCAUGGAAUACAAGCGUAACCGGUUGGCGGAAUUUAUGGAAAGGUUACGGGGCAAAGCCGAAUAAGUCGAAAGCAUGCCCCAGAAUCGAUAUUUUGAUGUAUGAUCGCGAAGAGCUUUUUGCUGCAACGUGUAUCGCCACAAUAGUUAUGAACUAUUUUAUCGCAUAGCGAAAGUACAAGACAAAUAAGUUUUAUCAUUACCGGGCACUGAUAUGCUUAAUCGGUAGCCGUUCUGCACAAGCGAAGCUAAGCGUCCAUUCGAUUGUAUUUAAGGCAAAGGCAGCUUGAAACGAGAAAUAGCAGAAGUUUUUGGCGUUCGAAGCAGCCGAUCAUCUGCCCCAUUGGGCAAAUCUUAUAAAAUUCAUAAACAAAAUUCCAGCGCAUUAUAAAUAUUUUUUUUUAAAUAUUGUAUAUAUUGCCAA